CCAAUACACGCUCUAAAACGGGAAGUGGACGCGGCUAACGCUAAAAGUUUUGGGCCGUCGUUUAGUUGGCUAUCAAUCACCUCAACCCCCUCAUAUCCAGGUAAUGUCAGCCAGAGUUGUUUUUAUUAUCUUCCCCAUAUUUCCAUAUCUCGGAAUUCGUCCGCCGUUAUGGAUCCAAAACCAAUCAGUUACUUGGUACUCCACCUAGAAUCUGGGGAAAUAAGGCCCCGUGUGGGGAAAGCGUGCGCCAUGAAAUAGUCGUACAAGAUAAGGGGAGUCUUGGAAGCCAGAGCUGGGCGAUUAUAAAGGGAUUCCGACAACCGGAUAUCCCAACGUCACAGUCUUCAGCUUCUGUGAUACUCUGCCACAGAAAACAUCCUACAACAAUUUGACAUUAUGGCAGAGAAGAAUACCGACGCACAUGUGGGCCCCAAUGGGCAACCGAUUUCUGCCUCAAGGAGAGGCUCGGUGUCCAAGAGUGCUGGGCCGUUCCAGACCGAGAUUGAAGAUGUCACCAAUGUCGAGAUGACAGACGAGCAGAGUCGCAAAGUACUGCGGAAGAUUGAUUUGUUCUUAUUACCUAUCAUGGGAUUUUGUUAUAUGCUCCAAUUCCUCGACAAAGGAGCCCUGGCUGCCUCGACAUUGCUUGGUAUCCUUGACCCGAAAACAGGAAUUCACCUAAAAGGUUCCGAUCUUGCAUGGUGCUCUGGAAUUUUCUAUUUCGGAUACAUGGCGUGGAGCUUCCCUAGCGCCUACUUCGUUGUUCGCUUGCCGAUCGGGAGAUAUCUAUCCAUGGCGGUUGUCUUAUGGGGUGGCAUAUUGAUGACCACAGCGGGCUGCAAAUCGUUCACUGGCCUGAUGAUACAGCGCUUUUUCCUCGGCGUUGCAGAAGCAGCUGUCGCUCCAGGCUUCUCCCUGAUUACCGGCAUGUUUUACUUGCGCAAGGAGCAGCCUGUUCGCCAGGCUGGCUGGUUCAUUGGCAACUGUGUUGCACUGAUCCUGGGUGGACUGGUCUCAUAUGGCGUUCUCAACAUCCCGAAUCCAGCUAUCCCACACUGGAAGCUGCUAUUCCUGAUUGAAGGGGCGGUUACUGUCGCAUACGGUGUAUUCAUGUUCUUCGUCCUGCCAGACUCAGUCUCGACCGCCUGGUUCUUGAAGCCCGAGGAGCGCCUCAUUGCAUUGGCCCGAACGCUGAAAAACAAGACUGGUAUCAUGGAUAAUGGUAAAUUCCGGUGGCCACAGCUUUGGGAAGCCCUCCGCGACCCCCAAACUUGGUUGCUGGUACUGUACACAUUCUGUGUCAACCUCCCCAACGGUGCUUUGACAACUUUCCAACCCCUCAUUAUCAAAGGAAUGGGCUUCAGCUCCCUCAAGUCGAUCCUUCUAGGCCUACCUAUGGGAGGCGUUGAAAUCGUCUUCCUAGUGAUCACUUCGUUUCUCGCAUCAUAUCUUCGCAACGCGCGCGUGUUGCUAAUGAUCUUUAACACGGCAGUUUCUAUGGUCGGGAUGGUGCUCGUGUAUUGCCUCGAUAGCCAAGCCGGGCGCAUGACAGGCCUUGUGUUCACAGUCGUUUUUGCGAUGAAUAUUCCCAUCUCCCUCAGUCUGGUCACAUCCAACGUGGCCGGGUUCACGAAGAGGAGUAUAGUGAGCUCUAUGCUGUUUGUAGGCUACUGCGUUGGAAACAUCGUCGGCCCGCAGUUCUUUCUCGCCAGCGAAGCACCAGUGUACAAGACGGGACUCGCGUCUGCGCUCGCGGGAUAUUCGUUCAGCAUUUUCUUCCUUAUUUUGUUGUAUCUCUACUACCACUUCGAGAACAAGCGGAGAGAUAAGCUCUACGGUUCUGAAACCACAAUUGAUUCCGAUCAGGAACUCGCGGAUGAGUUAUCUAACCAGACCGACCGUACGAUCACGAGUUUCCGUUACCUGUUGUAAUAUCUCCAUAGCGUCAAUCUAUAUAGCGUCAAUCUAUUUAUUUUCUGU